AUGGGUCAUUUCGAGGAUGAGGACCGCAAGUUUGCGGAGGAAGUCCAGGCCGUCAAGAACUGGUGGAAGGACUCGCGGUGGAGAUACACCAAGCGACCCUUCACGGCCGAGCAGAUUGUCGCCAAGCGUGGCAACCUGACUAUCGACUACCCUUCCGCUGUCCAAGCUAAGAAGCUGUGGAACACUCUGGAAAAUAACUUCAAGACGAAGCAGGCUAGCUUCACCUAUGGCUGCCUCGAGCCUACUAUGAUCACCCAGAUGUGCAAGUUCCUUGACACUAUCUACGUCUCUGGCUGGCAGAGCUCGUCGACCGCCUCGUCUACCGAUGAGCCUUCUCCCGAUCUCGCGGACUACCCUAUGGACACCGUUCCCCGCAAGGUCAACCAACUCUUCAUGGCACAGCUUUUCCACGACCGGAAACAGCGUGAAGAGCGUGUCACCACCCCCAAGGACAAGCGUGGCAAUGUCGCCAACGUCGACUACCUGCGUCCCAUCAUUGCCGAUGCCGAUACCGGCCACGGUGGUCUGACUGCCGUCAUGAAGCUGACCAAGCUGUUCGUUGAGCGCGGUGCUGCUGGUAUUCACAUCGAGGACCAGGCUCCUGGCACCAAGAAGUGUGGCCACAUGGCCGGCAAGGUGCUGGUUCCCAUCAGCGAGCACAUCAACCGUCUGGUUGCUAUCCGUGCCCAGGCCGAUAUCAUGGGCACUGAUCUCCUGGCCAUUGCCCGUACCGACUCGGAGGCCGCUACCCUCAUCACUUCCACCAUUGACCACCGCGACCACGCCUUCAUUGUCGGCUCCACCAACCCCAACCUGCAGCCCCUGAACGACCUGAUGGUUGCCGCCGAGCAGGCCGGCAAGAACGGUGCCGAGCUGCAGGCCAUUGAGGACCAAUGGACCGCCCAGGCCGGUCUCAAGCUCUUCAGCGAGGCCGUGGUCGACACCAUCAAUGCCGGUGUUCACGCCGACAAGAACGGCCUGAUUCAGCAGUACCUCAAGGCCUCCCAGGGCAAGAGUAACAGCGAAGCUCGCGCCAUUGCCAAGGGUAUCACUGGCGUUGACAUCCACUGGAACUGGGAUGCGCCCCGUACCCGUGAGGGCUUCUACCGCUACCAGGGCGGCACCGAGUGCGCCAUCAACCGCGCCGUCGCGUACGCGCCUUUCGCGGAUCUCAUCUGGAUGGAGAGCAAGCUGCCUGACUACAAGCAGGCCAAGCAGUUCGCCGACGGCGUGCACGCCGUGUGGCCCGAGCAAAAGCUCGCCUACAACCUGUCGCCCUCGUUCAACUGGAAGAAGGCCAUGCCCCGUGAGGAGCAGGAGACCUACAUCAAGCGCCUGGGCGAGCUGGGCUACGCCUGGCAGUUCAUCACGCUGGCGGGUCUGCACACGACCGCGCUGAUCUCGCACCAGUUCGCCAAGGCGUACGCGAAGAACGGCAUGCGUGCCUACGGCGAACUGGUCCAAGAACCCGAGAUGGAGCAGGGUGUCGACGUGGUUACCCACCAAAAGUGGAGCGGUGCCAACUACGUGGACAACCUACUUAAGAUGGUCUCCGGUGGCGUGAGUAGCACCGCGGCCAUGGGUAAGGGUGUGACCGAGGACCAGUUCAAGAACUGA